AUGGGUUUUGGUGGUGGCAUGGUGGUGCUGACUAUGUUUGUUGUGGUGUUAGUGGUGGUUUCAGUUUCUAUUGGUGGUGGUGGUUGGGAUGAUAUGGGUUUGGAUGUUGGGUGGAAUGCAGAUCCUAAAACGGAGAUGAAAGAUACAAACACAGACACAAACAAAUCUGGUUCUUCCUCGCCAAGUGGCUCUCCCUUGAGAACCGGACGUUGUCUCUUACCAACUAUGCGGUCUCCUUCGCCAUUUUCACGAUCACCCUCGCCAUUGUCGCCUGGCAGCUCACCUUCAGGAUCACCAUUAAACAACGAGAAUCCGAAAUCCCCAACAGUGGACUUAGUGGGAGAAGACUUAGAGGUAGAGGAACAAGAAGGGACAGAGGGAGAAUUUGUUUAUGUUCCUUCUCCACACACGAAAGAUGUCCUUGCUGAAGUCUUUGUUGAUUGUUUUUUAGAGUGGAACAUUGAUAGGAAGUUGUUCACAAUAACUGUUGAUAAUUGUAGUACUAAUGAUGCCAUGAUAAGACUUCUCUUGAAUAAGCUUGAUACUAGUUCUCUUAUGUUGGGUAGGUCUAUGUUGCAUAUGAGGUGUGCUGCACAUAUUUUGAAUUUGAUUGAUCAAGAUGGGUUAUCUCUUAUUGGUGAUGGUAUUGAAAGGAUUCGUGAUAAUGUGAUUUAUUGGACUGGAUCACCAAAAAGGAGGCAGAAAUUUGAAAAAAAUGCAUGUCAAUUGCGUGUUCAAUGCACUAAAGAGUUAGUUUUAGAUUGUAAAACUCGUUGGAAUUUAACUUACUUAAUGCUUUCUACUGCAUUGAUUUAUAAAGAUGUUUUCUCACGUUUGGCUAAACGUGAAAUAUCUUAUACUUGUUUACCAUAUGAUUAUGAUUGGGAGUUAGCCAAAGAUAUUUGUGGGAGGCUGGAGUUGUUUCAUAGUGCAACUGAGUUUUUCUCUAGUCGUAAGUACCCCACAACUAAUAUGUAUUUUACUUUGGUGUGUGAGUUGAAAAUUGCAUUGAAUGAAUGGAGUUUGUCUUCAAAUGAGAUGAUAAGUACGAUGGCAGAAAGCAUGCUUGCUAAAUUUAAUUCUUAUUGGGCUAAUGUUAGUGUUGUUAUGGCUAUUGCUGCUAUCUUAGAUCCAAGAUAUAAGAUGAAAUUAUUAGAGUUUUAUUAUCCUAACAUUUAUGAUGAGUCCCCUGUAGAUAAUGAAGGAAGUUCUCAUAUUCCUGCAAGUACUUCAAGCCUUGUGGCACAAAUGAAGUUUAGGUUGUGUUGGGCAAUGUCAUCUUUUGAUUUGUUUGUGAACAAUAGCUCAAAGAAACAUGGGAGUGCUAGAAUGGAAUUUGAUCAUUUCAUUGAUGAGGGAGUGUUGAAGAGGAGUGAAGAUUUUGAUAUUUUGGGAUGGUGGAAAAGUAAUGAUCUCAAGUAUCCUACUUUACAAAGGAUUGUAAGAGAUAUUUUAGCCAUUCCUGUCACAAUUGUUGCUUCAGGAUCUGCUUUUAGCACUAAUGGGAGAAUUUUAAGUCCACACCGGAGUAGGCUACAUCCCAAGACUAUAAAGGCAAUGAUGUGUGCUCAGAAUUGGUUAUGGAGUGAAAUCAACGGUUCUUCAACUAUGUCUAGAGAGUGUACACUUCAAUCAAUUCUUGAUAAUGGGGAGCCUAAUGAAGAGAAUGGGAGUUGUGUCACAAUUGUGGAUAAUUAG